AUGAAAAGUUCUAAUUUAAAACCACCGGUAUCUGGCCCCAUACGAACGCCACCAUCAGGAGGUGCCAACCGAGGACUAUUCCCUGCACCAAACUCAGCACAACGAGCAUCUUCGUCCUUAAGUGGACCUCGGCACAAAGUGGCAUUGAAGCCAGGCUAUUCACCUCUUGACUGGGCCCAGUUGAAUAGAACACAACCGAAAUAUAAACUACGAGGAGUUGACCCCACUACUCCCCCAGCCCAGUUCGUCAAAAUCACCAAAGAAGAGUUAAAGAAACACAAGUCAGAGCAAGAUUGUUGGACAUGCAUAAAUGGCAAAGUGUUUAAUAUAACUCCGUAUAUUAAUUUCCAUCCUGGUGGAGUUGAUGAAAUUAUGAAGUGCGCAGGGAGAGAUGGCACUGCAUUGUUCAACAAGUAUCAUAGUUGGGUGAAUGCAGAUAGAAUGCUAGAGAACUGCAUUGUAGGAAUAUAUGUACAUUAA